AACGCUGUUAGUCAGUUCAGUGGGAUUGAAAUUAUCAGCAUGUUGCCGCAAUCCUUCCUCCUCCUCGUGGUCGGGGUCACAGUGAGUGUGAGUGAAUACCAAGAUGCUUCCAUUUACGCCGCCGCAGGUCGAUUGGGCAUCACCAUAAACUACACGGACCAUUCUGACUGGUCGAAUCUGGGGAAAGUGCUGCAUGACCACGGAUUCAUAGGAAUUGGCACCGUCUGCGUCACGGGGGCAUGGUUGAUGUACCGACAACCCGAGUACGGGUCGUUUGGGCCAAAUGACUAUGACGUUGCUUCUGGUGGAAACCAUUGUGUUGAACCAGGAAAUGUGAGAUGA